AUGCCAAUAAUAAUAGUAGGGAUGAUGAUGACAGUUUUUAGAUAUGAUUAUCCAUAUUCUGAUAAUGAAAAUGCAAUUGAUGUUAUUCCAAUAUUUGAAGAAGAUCCAAAAUCAAGAUGGAUAAAUAAAAAGAAUGACAAGAAUGAAAAAAAGUUCAGAGCUAAAAAAAUUGGUUUAGGUGAAAGAAGUAGAAAUGGCAAUGAUGGUGAAACGUUUAUAAUGUUAAAAAAUGGGCUAUUAUUAAAAGAUUUUGGAAAUGAAACACUAUUGAUUGAAUCAACAGCAUCUUGGAUUAAUUAUUUUGAUGAACUAUUAUCAAAUGGUAUUAAUAAUAAUAAGACAUCUUUUACUGUCGAAAUAAAUAAUCAAAUUGAAAAUUUACAAGAACAACAAAAUAAUAUUGGAACAUCAUCAACUUCUUCAUCACAAUAUUAA